AUGAGCGACGCAGAAGACGACUACAUGAACAUGUCCUUCACCGACCCCUCGCCUGCACUCCCAAAAACCUCCUUGCAGCGCCAACAAGAACGCCGACGCAUCGCAUCCCUAAAAUCCCAGCCCAAGACCAAAGCCGAGUUAGCCAAAGAAGCAGAACUAGCACGCGAGACUGCGUUGGCGACUUCAACAUUGAGCAAUCCGACGUCAAAGGGCGCUCAGAUGAUGGCUAAAAUGGGUUUCAAAGGUGGCAGCUUGGGCAAAACUGAGGGAGCUAGGACAGAACCGAUUGAAAUCAGUGUCAAGGAGGGGAAGGGGGGAAUAGGCAUGGAUAAUGAGAAGAAGAGAAAGAUACGCGAAACAAUGGAAGAGCUCCAAGGAAAAGAAAAGAAACAAAAAGCAGAGGCUGGAGAGUAUAGAGAAAGAGUUGCGAGGGAGAGAGAAGAGAAAAGACAAGAGGGUAUGUGGUGGGGUGCUAUGAAGGUGUGCGAGAAGUUUGAUACGGAGGAAGAGGAAAAGGCAAAGGCGAGGAAGGAGAAGGAGAAGGAUGUAAGGAAAGUCAAUGUGCUUUGGAGAACUCUGGCUCUGCAACGACAACAGAGGGACAAGGAGAAAGUGCUUAGGAAAGGAGCGCUGGAUUCGUUGUCUUCGCGAUGGCAUGACGAUGAAGCGGAUCACGAUGAUAAAAUCGCUCUAGGCAUGGAAAUCGAGGAUGUCGAAGACGAAGAGGAGGAUCAAGAGUUGGAGGAAUACAAUGCGUUGAGCGUAGGAGGGAGACUUGAGAAAUUGGUGGUAUAUCUGAGGGAUACCUAUCACUAUUGCUUUUGGUGCAAGUAUAGGUAUGCUGAUGCAGAUAUGGAGGGAUGUCCGGGCACGACGGAGGAGGAACAUGAUUGA